CAUCAUGUCUACCCACCGCUUGGUUAUUGUGCGGCAUGGAGAAAGCACAUGGAACCAGGAAAACCGCUUCUGUGGCUGGUUUGACGCUGAGCUGAGUGAGAAAGGGACUGAGGAAGCCAGACGGGGUGCCCAGGCCAUCAAGGAUGCAAAGAUGGAGUUUGACAUCUGCUAUACCUCGGUGCUGAAGCGGGCCAUCCGCACACUGUGGACCAUCCUGGACGGCACUGACCAAAUGUGGCUGCCUGUGGUCCGCAGCUGGCGCCUCAAUGAGCGGCACUAUGGUGGCCUCACAGGUCUCAACAAAGCAGAGACAGCUGCCAAGCAUGGGGAGGAGCAAGUGAAGAUCUGGAGGCGCUCCUUCGACAUCCCACCACCCCCAAUGGAUGAGAAUCACCCUUACUACAAGACCAUCAGCAAGGAACGCAGGUAUGGAGGCCUGAAACCUGGAGAGCUGCCCACCUGUGAGAGCCUUAAAGACACAAUUGCCAGGGCCUUGCCUUUCUGGAAUGAGGAGAUUGCACCUCAGAUCAAAGCUGGCAAGCGGGUGCUUAUCGCUGCCCACGGCAACAGCCUGCGAGGCAUUGUCAAGCACCUGGAAGGAAUGUCUGACCAAGCCAUCAUGGAACUGAACCUGCCCACGGGGAUCCCCAUUGUGUAUGAAUUGGAUGGAGCACUGAAGCCCACCAAGCCCAUGCGGUUCCUGGGUGACGAGGAGACUGUGCGUAAGGCCAUGGAAGCCGUAGCCGCCCAGGGCAAGGCCAAGUAAGGUGAAGCCUGGACAAUAAA